CGGACGACAAGUAGUAAAUCGUAGAAGUGAAUCGUUUUAUAAUUUUUUUCUAAUACGAAUUUUUAAGUAAAUUUGAUGCGUUAUAAAAUAUCAUGAUGGGAAUGCUUCCUUCGCCUUCUCAGGUUGCAAGGUCACACACAGCAGUUUAUGAGGCAUUCUACCAACAGGUUGAUCCAGCAGAAACAGACUGCAUUUCAGCCACUGAAGCUGCUGCAUUUUUAAAACGUUCAGGUCUUCCAGAUGCUAUAUUGAGCAAAAUAUGGGAUAUGUCAGAUCCUCAAGGCAAAGGUUUCCUUGACAAACAAGGUUUUUUUGUGGCACUGAAAUUGAUUGCUCUGCAACAACAUGGGAAAGACUUGACCUUAGCAAAUAUGAGUCUUGAUGUAUCCCCGCCAGUGAUGCAACCACAAACAAUUAGUGGCAGAAAUUCUCCUGCUGUUGACUGGAACAUUAAGGCAUCUGAAAGAAAAAAGUAUGAGGAAAUGUUCUAUUCUAUGGGACCUAUUGCUGGCAAACUUCCUGGAGAUAAAGUCAAGCCGGUUAUGUUAAACUCAAAGCUUCCAAUGGAUAUUUUAGGAAAAAUUUGGGAUCUUAGUGAUACAGAUCAAGAUGGAUUCCUAAGCAAAGAAGAGUUUAUAUUAGCAAUGCAUCUAAUCUAUAAAGCACUUGAAAAUAUUCCUGUUCCAUCUGUUUUACCACCUGAAUUGCUGACGAUACUGAAAAGGAAGCAUAGUAUAUCAGGGAUGGUUCAGGUACUACCAGAUGUUUUGCCUCAGGGAAUUGAAAAUGCAAUGUCAACUCGUAUAAGAAGAUCCAGUACUCCAUCCUCUGAUAUUAUAGGAAGAGGUCCUACUUGGAUUGUAAAUGCAGUUGACAAAUCAAAAUAUGAUGAAAUGUUUCAUGUCUUAGAUACAGAUAAAGAUAGCUUUGUUACUGGUGCUGAUAUCAAAGACACACUUUUGAAAUCUGGUCUUUCACAGCAAGUGCUUGCUCAUAUUUGGAACCUUUGUGAUAUAAAACAGAAUGGUAAACUCAACUCAGAGCAGUUUGCACUUGCAAUGUAUUUAAUCCAGCAGAAAAUCCAAGGACUUGAAAUUCCAACAACACUUUUUCCUGAAAUGAUUCCCCCAACACUGAGGCCUAAACCGUCAAAUGAUAUUUCUCAGGAUAUUCCUUUAUCCAUUGCAACUGAUCUUGACUCUUCUGGAAGUAAAGAAUUAGACAUGAUCGGCAGUGAAAUCAAAGAACUUCAUGUAGAAAAAAUGAGUUUAGAAAAAGAUCUUGCUCAGAAAGAGGCUGAUGUGAAAAUAAAAAAUGGUGAGCUGAAGAAUUUACAAAAUGAACUUGAUGCCUUAGAAACAAUGUUGAAACAACUUGAAAUUCAGAAAGGAGAGGCUCGAAAAAGGUUGAAUGACUUAGACAAGCAGAAAAAUUCUCUAGACCUUAAUCUUUGUGAUUUGCUGGCUCAAACUGAAGAUGAAGUUAAUCAGAUUGAAUCCAUGAAAAAGCAGAAAGAAGAUCAAGAAGUUGAACUAGAGGUACAAGAAAAAGAGUUAAAUGAAAAGAGAAAAGAGUUAAGUGAAUUGAGGCAAGAAGAAACUAAACUAGAAAGUCAAAUUAUUUCUGGAAAAACACAACUUGAUGCCUUAACUAGUUCAUUACAGAGUACUAUUCUUCAAAUUAGUCAGAUGAAGAUCAAAAUAGACCAGAUUCAAGAGCAGCAUAGGCUUAUGAAUGAAGCAAUCAAGGAAAUGGAUAAUGCGAUUUCAUUUGGGGAUUUUCGCUCUGUUUCAGAUUUUACUUUGACUGGGUUUGCUCCCUUGGCUGAUGCAGAUGUUACUAACUUCUCUCCUACUGCUCCAAAAGCUGAUGAUGAAAUUGAAUUGUCUCCUGUUGCUCCAUUGAAUGACUUUCAGGAAGAUCCGUUUAAAAGUAAAGAUCCUUUUGAGGGCAAAGUUAAUGGUUUUACAAGUGAUCCUUUUGCUGGUGAAGAUCCAUUCCAAUCAGAUCCUUUCCAAGAAGGUGUGGUCACUCCUACCAAUGAUCCAUUUGGUGGUGAUCCGUUUGAAAGUGCAUUUAGUGUAACAGCUGCUCAAAGCAAUAAUAAAGAUGAUCCUUUUCUUGGAAGUGAUCCAUUUGGUAGUUUUGGUGCUUCUAAUGUGGCAUCUAAUCCAGAAAAAGAUCCUUUUGAUCCUUUUGGGUUAUCAAACGCAAAUGCAGUGGUAUCUCCUGUUGCGGGCUUUGAUUCUGACCCUUUUGGUGCUGACCCCUUUGGGCCGAAUGCAGCACCACCAAGGCCAGAGAGUCCCACGCCAGCUCUGCCUCCCAAAAAAAGCAAAGCGCCUCCCCCCAGACCCGCACCUCCUAAGGUGGGGGGAGCCCCCCAGAAACCAGGACCAACCAGGGCUGCUCCAGCACCUCCUGUGCCUCCACCUGCCGAUCCUUUCAAAGCAACUGAUCUCAAUAGCACUAGCAACGCCGGCUUCUCAGACUUGUUCUCGAAGCCCGCAAAGUCUCAAGAUGCUUUCGAUCCUUUCUCUAAUCCUAUUGCUGCUUCAACAGACAGUUUUGCUAAUUUUGAUAAUUUCGCAGAUUUUGACAGUGUCAAGUGA